CCGCGCACAAAGGCGCCCAGACCCUGGGAAGGCGAUGAGCGUACUGCAGCCCGGGCCCGGGCCCCAGAUGCAGGCACCACCGUGUGUGCCCUGUGCUCUGGGGAAGACGCUGGGCACGCCUAGGGCCAGCGGUCGAGGUUUGGCCCGUGCGCUCUGAGCGCGGGAUUCGCUGCCCUCCAGGUCAGGCGCCAAGCUUCGGAGCGCCUAGAGCGCGGGCCUCGGCGCGCCCCUAGGAUCGGCGCAGUGAGGCGCUUUCAUCACUCUGCACCCGGCUCCAGGCUUCCUCUGUCGUUUGCUCCUGAGCGCCAACUUCGCCAAGAACGCUCCCAACUCCCGGCCACGCUGCUGGGCAGAGCGGGCGCCGCUGCCGGGCACCAGCAGUGAGAACGCGCCGCUGGCUCUCCGGAGGAAGUCAGCAUCUGCAGGGUUGCUCGGGCGCCCCGGAGUGGGCAGCGAAGGCAGCGGGCGUCUUUCCUGGGAGCCCGGGACCUGCCAGUGCUGGGGAUUCCUCCCGGGUGGCGCUCGCCCUCUCUUUUAUGGAGCUUGGGCCCCUGCCACAGCCCGGUAGAGGCUGUGGAGGUCAACGGUCCGGAAUUGCCUGUCCCGAAGUCCACCCCUGGCUGUGGGGAGUGGAAGUCCCCGCCAGGUAGCAGUGGCCCGCAGCGGUCCCCUCCGCACGACAAGCCAUGGGCCAGAAGCUCUCUGGUGGCCUCAAGUCGGUGGAGGUGCGUGAGCCCGCUCUGCGGCCGGCCAAGCGGGAGCUGCGGGGAGCAGAGGCGGGGCGGCCCGCGCGGCUGGACCAGCUGCUGGACAUGCCAGCCGCGGGCUCUGCCGUGCAGCUGCGGCAUGCCUGGAACCCAGAGGACCGCUCCCUCAACGUCUUUGUCAAGGACGAUGACCGGCUCACCUUCCACCGGCACCCAGUGGCUCAGAGCACGGACGGCAUCCGUGGCAAGGUGGGCCACGCGCGAGGCCUGCACGCCUGGCAGAUUGACUGGCCCGCGCGGCAGCGCGGCACGCAUGCGGUGGUGGGGGUGGCCACUGCACGUGCUCCGCUGCACUCGGUGGGCUACACCGCACUGGUGGGCAGUGAUGUCGAGUCCUGGGGCUGGGACCUGGGCCGCAGCCGCCUCUACCACGAUGGCAAGAACCGGCCCGGUGUGGCGUACCCGGCCUUCCUGGGUCCUGACGAGGCCUUCGCGCUGCCUGACUCGCUGCUUGUUGUGCUGGAUAUGGAUGAGGGCACGCUCAGCUUCAUCGUGGACGGCCAGUACCUGGGCGUGGCCUUCCGUGGCCUCAAGGGCAAGAAGCUGUACCCGGUGGUGAGUGCCGUCUGGGGCCACUGCGAAGUCACCAUGCGCUACAUCAAUGGCCUUGAUCCCGAGCCCCUGCCGCUCAUGGACCUGUGCAGGAGAUCCAUCCGCGCUGCCCUGGGCCGCCAGCGCCUGCAGGACAUCAGCUCUCUGCCCUUGCCUCAGUCUCUCAAAAACUAUCUGCAGUACCAGUGAGCUGGAUGGUGAAGGACAGUGGACACCCACAGGCCCGGGCUGUCCAUGACACGUGAUCUCACAGCCCACUGGGGAAGGGGUCUCCCCCAGCUCCCAGGACAGAAGACCAACUAGAGAAAGCCAACCAUCCCAAGGCCAGUGCCCCUUUGGAAGCCACAGGGCCCUGGCACCUGCCCAGCAGUGGCACCUGCCCAAUGGUGGCAUCUGCCACAGCUUUGUAUUGCUCAGAGAAGCUGCUUUCUUAUUCAAGAGAAUGAAUAAAACAUCGGGACAGGAAACUCGGUGGUGUGGCCAUGGCAGACAGGGCCAGGGAGACUUGGCUUGCUUGGGAAGAAAACUGCCUCUGAAUAAUGGAUGAUGAAAGCAGAUCAUUGCCCAUCUCCUACCCAUGGUGAGGGCAGCAAGAUUAUGAUGCCUUCUUAGGACUUUGUGCCACUUUGAGAAGCUAUUCCCCAGGGAUGCCCAACCAAAUUGGCAACUGGAGAAUUGGCGAGUGGAGAAAGCAAUGUUUAGACACCUCCAGCUUACCUCUGAACAUGGCUUCCUCCACCCUCCUUCCUGGCCCCAGAGGGAGUCCUCCCCCACCAGGCCCCUCUCUAUUCAGGGGGAGAAGUCUAACUGAUUUGCCCCAGGGACAGAGUUUAUCAUUAAUUAUUAUGUUUUUAAAGUAGCAUUUGCAUUUUAAAAGAGUGUGGGAGGGCAGUCCUUAGUCCAAAGGUGCUAAUGGAGGUCCAGGGUGGAGGCGUUGGGACCUGCAAACUGAAGCUGCAGAGGCUGUCGGCCCCACCUGGAGUGUGGGGACCUCUGAGCAGCUGUCCUCCCAGGUGCAGCCUGGUUGUCACAAAGCUGUAUAGGAGAGAAUUAUUUUUUCACUUAGGAGCCUUCCCCAUGUUUGCUUCCUGUUGGAACGCGUAUGUGUGAUGUGCUGUUUAUUUAUCACCAUGGGGCCCAUCCGUGGCCUUGUAACUGGAAGGGUGGAGGUGGUGACACCUUCUCCACCCCCAAGCCUGGUCCUCUCACCACACUAUGCUGCUUGUACUGCUGCUGCCACCACCACCAUUGGCAUUUGUUGUGUGUUUUGGAUGCGCUCCACCCAGACUCCCUGGUAACUGGAAAUCGUCACAGCAGUGGGAUACCAGAGCCCCAGAUGGCACUGCCUUUCCCCACUUUAAUGUGAA